UGCAGUGCAGUGCAGUGCAGUGCAACGGAUAAGGUACGACCGUGUGGAUCCAUAUUUUUUUCAAAACACAAGACCAUUUCGCAGUGGGUGCUACUUGUCACCUUUAAAUCAGAAACUGGCUCAGCUGAGUCAGCUCUGUAAACCUGGACUUUGGAUCUCUCGGGUGGUUUGGUGGAACUAGGCACCAUUCGUGUCUCUCGGGGAAGAAGCAAUGUUCUUGUUAUUUGCCUUUGUGGUCCCUUUUUCUCUAACGUCGGCCGUUGGUCAGGCCGAGCCCGUUUCGGACUCCUCGUACGUCGCUGCUGUUUACGAGCACGGCGUGAUCCUGAACCCGGAGCCUCAUUUGCUGCUGUCCCGCUCCGCCGCCCUGCAACAUGUGCGGGGAAACCUGGAUAUCUACGAGGAGCAGGCUGCCCGGGCCGCCCAGCAGGGUGCCCGGAUCCUGGUGUUUCCCGAGGACGGUCUGCAGGGUUUCAACUUCAGCCGAUCGUCCAUCUCUGGCUACCCAGAAACCAUUCCUGACCCCCAGCAGGAGAACUGGAAUCCCUGCACCGAGCCGGGCAGAUACAACAACACUGAGGUUCUCCAGAGGCUGAGCUGCAUGGCGCGUCGCUACAACCUCUACCUGGUGGCCAACAUGGCUGACCUGCAGCCCUGCCCCCUGCAGACCAGCCCUUCCCCCUCCUGUCCCUCCGAUGGACGCUGGCAGUUCAACACCAACGUGGUGUUCAGGUCCGAUGGCCAGCUGGUGGCGCGCUACCAUAAACAUAACCUGUACUUUGAGGAGGCCUUUGACACACCACCGCAGCCUGAGAUCAUAACGUUUGAUACACCUUUUGCUGGGAGGUUUGGCCUCCUCACCUGCUUUGACAUCCUGUUCCAAGAGCCCACAGUUUCCCUGGUGGAGAGGGGCGUGCGUCAGCUGAUCUACCCCACAGCCUGGAUGAACCAGCUCCCCUUGCUGGACGCGAUCCAGAUCCAGCGGGCGUUCAGCCUGGGCGCCAAUGUCACCCUGCUAGCGGCCAACAUUCGCAAUGACCGACUGAUCAUGACAGGAAGCGGUAUCUACACCCCUUUUUCUGCCACCUACCACCACGCCCGGAAAGGAGAUCCAGAGGAGGGCAGGCUUCUGGUGGCCAGGGUGCCAGUGCUAGACCCACAGUGGCUGGGGCAGAGCGUGGCCACGGAGGGGUCCGCGUCUUCUGCGGCCACAGACCCCGGAUUCUGUCACCAGGAGAGCUGUUUCGAUUCCUCUCAUCCUGACGCUACUUCUGCAGUCUCUCCCUCCUCCGCCACCUUCACCUCAUCCAUGAUGUACGAUCCAUUUACAUUUGUGCCCCUGAACGAGACCGAGGGCAAACUUGAUGUGUGCGAUGGCACUUUUUGCUGUCACCUGCAGUACCGGCAGUUACCACAGGGGAGCAGUAAAGAGCUCUAUGCACUGGGAGCAUUUGCUGGUACUCACACCGUGAACGGACGCUACGCGCUGCAGGUGUGUGCAUUAGUCCGCUGUGCAGGGUUGGAGACCAGUUCCUGUGGACAGGAAGUGGAAGAGGCUGAGACGAAAAUGGACUUCCUGUUGGAGGGGAGGUUUGGGACCAGAUACGUGUACCCGUCAGUUUUGGCCAGCCGUCUCAGCCUGGAGCAGCCGGAGCAUCUGGAGAAGACUGCAGACGGCAGAGUGACCAUGAAACACUCAAACAUGACUGGUGGGCUGGUCACGGCCUGUCUGUACGGACGCAUGUACCACCUGGACAAUGAGUGAACUAGAGCUGCAGUGAUUAGUCGGAAUUGUUUGUCACACAUUUAAAAACGGAUUUAAAAAAUG